AUGGAGUUCUAUAAUUACCAAGGGGAUAGCCCUGUCUACAGUCCCCAGAUCCUUAUUCCAGUGAGAAUGAGAAGUACUGCAGCAGACAGGAGGGGAGUUCUGGUUGAUAAAGUGGCCCUGAUCACAGGUUCCACAGAUGGGAUUGGUUUUGCUGUUGCACAACAUCUGGCCAGAGAUGGGGCCCAUGUGAUUGUGAGCAUCAGAAAACAACAGAAUGUAGAUUGUGCAGUUGAAAAACUUCAAGGACAGAGUGCUUCAGGAACCGUGUGCCAUGUGGGAAAGGAAGAAUAUUGUAAGAGGCUAGUGUCCAUGGCUUCUGCAAAACAUGGGUUUAUCAACUUCCUGGUUUGUGUGGCAGGUGUCAGCCCUAUGACUUGGAGUACACUGGGUGCCAGUGAAGAAAUGUGGGACAAGAUAAUGGAUAUUAGUGUGAAAGCACCAGGCCGGCUUGUGAAGCUGGCUUUACCACACAUGGAAAACCAGGCAAGUGCUGUGGUUUUUGUUUCCUCUAUUAUGGCCUAUGCUCCUGUGAUAACUCUGGGUCCCUACAAUGUCAGCAAGACAGCCCUCCUGGGGCUCACCAGAACCUUGUCUUUGGAGCUGGCACCAAAGGGCAUCCGAGGGAACUGCUUGGCACCAGGAGUAAUCAGGACCCAGUUCAGCCAAGUGAUCUGGAAGGAUAAAAAUUUUCUCCAGAAUUUCAUGAAACAACAUAGAUAGACAAGG